AUGAAUUAGAAAUGCAAUAAGAUUGGACAUGAUUAAAAACCUAUAGAAUAUAUAUGUGUGCAAUCAAAACCAAUAGGAUUAGGUUGUGAGAAAUGUUACUAAGAGAAUAAGUAAAAGUUAAAUUUUUAAUCAAUAAAAAACUUUUAAUUGUGUAUGUAGGAAGCAAAAUAAACUGUAAUAAAAUAGACAGAAAAUGGAAGAAUAGAAUAAAUGAAAUAUGAAUUUGAUAUGUAGAUUUAGAAAAUAAAGGAUAUAAUGGAAUUUUAUUUAUCUGGAGUAGAACAAUAGAUAAAUAUUUAAUACAUAGAAUUGAGUGGAAUUAUUAAAUACAUUGAUAAUUUCAAUAUAAGAUCUCUAGACUCUCCAAAUCCAGAUCAUUAAUAAUACCUAAAAUUAAUAUAAGAUUAGAGUGUUGUUAAGAAAUUUGAUUAAUUAUAGAUGUAAAUUAAUUAAUUCAUGCAAAAACUACACUCAAUAUCAAUCGAUAUUAAUGAAUAAGUUAAGUUCUUAUCAGAAUCCAUAUUUUUUAGUCAUUUGAAAUAACUUAUAUAAAAAUAUGAUUUACCAUAUCUAUUUUAGAAGUAGAUUGAAGAAUUCUAAAUUCCAAAAGAAUUUUAUUAAAGUGAAUCGUAUCAUUUGCCAUUUGUAUUCAAAGAUAAUAUAGAUGGAAACAUAUCAUAUAUUGGAUAAUAAGAAAAUGAAGAAUUUCAUGGUAAGGGAUUGUUGUACUUAAAUAAAAAAAAUAUAGUAUAUUAUGGAUCAUUUAUAAAUGGAUAAUUCUGUUAUGGAAUAGCAUUGAAUUUAAACAAGAAGGAAAUAAUGAUUGGAGAGUUUGAAUUUAUAGAUAUCUUUUGUUAUAGAAUUCUGAAUUAUGGAAUCUGUAUUAAUUCUAAUUGUGAAAGGUAAUUAUAAAUUUUAAUAAAUAAGAUAUGAAGGAGAUUUUAAGGAUAAUUUAUUUGAAGGAUAUGGUUAAUAUGAUUAUAAUAAUGGUGAUUUGUAAUGAUUUUUUAUUUAUUCAAUUAGAUAUAAAGGAUAUUGGAAGGCUGGUAAAAGAUUUGGUUAAGGAGAAUUAAUUAAUUAAGAAUUUGGAACGUACAUAUUUAUAUUGAAAUUCUAAGGAUUAAGGGAAAUUUUGUAGAUGGAUAUUUGAAUGGUAAAGGAGAAUUAGAUUGUAAAACAUAAAAGUAUAAUAUAUAAUAAAUUAGAUAUUGGGGAGAUUUUAAAGAUAAUGAAAUAGAUGGAGAAGGUACUUUAGAAGAUCUAAUUAAUAAAACAAAAUAUGUCGGUUAAUUUUAGAAAGGAUUGAAAUGUGGAAAAGGAACUCUCAUUUUUUAAGAUAAUAAUAGAAGGUAUUUUGUGGUAUUUAAUGUGUUUUUAUAGAAUUGAUGGUAAUUUUAAAAAUAAUGAACCAUGUGGGAAAUGUGUGGAAACAAAUAUUAGGAAAUAUAUUGAGAAUCUUAAAUAAUAAAUAGAAACAACUGUAGAAGAANAUACCUAAAAUUAAUAUAAGAUUAGAGUGUUGUUAAGAAAUUUGAUUAAUUAUAGAUGUAAAUUAAUUAAUUCAUGCAAAAACUACACUCAAUAUCAAUCGAUAUUAAUGAAUAAGUUAAGUUCUUAUCAGAAUCCAUAUUUUUUAGUCAUUUGAAAUAACUUAUAUAAAAAUAUGAUUUACCAUAUCUAUUUUAGAAGUAGAUUGAAGAAUUCUAAAUUCCAAAAGAAUUUUAUUAAAGUGAAUCGUAUCAUUUGCCAUUUGUAUUCAAAGAUAAUAUAGAUGGAAACAUAUCAUAUAUUGGAUAAUAAGAAAAUGAAGAAUUUCAUGGUAAGGGAUUGUUGUACUUAAAUAAAAAAAAUAUAGUAUAUUAUGGAUCAUUUAUAAAUGGAUAAUUCUGUUAUGGAAUAGCAUUGAAUUUAAACAAGAAGGAAAUAAUGAUUGGAGAGUUUGAAUUUAUAGAUAUCUUUUGUUAUAGAAUUCUGAAUUAUGGAAUCUGUAUUAAUUCUAAUUGUGAAAGGUAAUUAUAAAUUUUAAUAAAUAAGAUAUGAAGGAGAUUUUAAGGAUAAUUUAUUUGAAGGAUAUGGUUAAUAUGAUUAUAAUAAUGGUGAUUUGUAAUGAUUUUUUAUUUAUUCAAUUAGAUAUAAAGGAUAUUGGAAGGCUGGUAAAAGAUUUGGUUAAGGAGAAUUAAUUAAUUAAGAAUUUGGAACGUACAUAUUUAUAUUGAAAUUCUAAGGAUUAAGGGAAAUUUUGUAGAUGGAUAUUUGAAUGGUAAAGGAGAAUUAGAUUGUAAAACAUAAAAGUAUAAUAUAUAAUAAAUUAGAUAUUGGGGAGAUUUUAAAGAUAAUGAAAUAGAUGGAGAAGGUACUUUAGAAGAUCUAAUUAAUAAAACAAAAUAUGUCGGUUAAUUUUAGAAAGGAUUGAAAUGUGGAAAAGGAACUCUCAUUUUUUAAGAUAAUAAUAGAAGGUAUUUUGUGGUAUUUAAUGUGUUUUUAUAGAAUUGAUGGUAAUUUUAAAAAUAAUGAACCAUGUGGGAAAUGUGUGGAAACAAAUAUUAGGAAAUAUAUUGAGAAUCUUAAAUAAUAAAUAGAAACAACUGUAGAAGAAGGAGAAUAUGUAAAUGGAUUGAAAACUGGAGAAUUUAAUUGUCAAAUUACAUGUAACGGUUAGAUAAUAAAGUAUGAUAUAAAAAUAAUAAAUUUAUAGAAAAUUGAGAUAUUAUGAUUCUGGAGAGUUGAUAUUUGAAGACAUUAUCAUUUGA